GUGGACGAGACAGGGAGUGAGAAGGAGAGAGACAGCCUGGGAGAGCGGGCGAGAGUGUGACAGCCUGACAGAGAGAGACAGGGCGACUUCCACCGGGGGCAGCACUCACCGCAGAGACCUCCCUCCAGUCCCAGCUCCAUGGAGCCCGGGGGCCACAGCUCUGCCCGUCUGCCCUGAGGAGCGAGCUUGGCCUGCACCCCGACACUUGGAAUACACUGCUUCCUGCAGCAGGUCCCCCCUCAACCAGCCAGCCCCCCCAAAACACAGCGAGACCCCCGGGACCCCAGCCUGCCGGCAGACUACCUGCCAGACCGACCCCCAACAUAUCUCACUGUCUGGGGGUUCUCCUCAUUCUCCCCCUCACUCACUGUGACCCCAAAACUCCCUGAGCCGGGACCCCUGAGUGUGCAGCCCCCCUCCCCCCCCCCCUGUGAGAGCGGUGACCCCUUCCCUGCCCGGCCCUGGCUGACUGGCAUUGGACAAGGCGGAGAGAAGACAAACCAUUAAAUAUUUAUCCAGACUCUGCCCGAGCAGGAUGAACACCAACAUCAUGUAUGCCAGCAGGAAAAGGCGAAAACCCGUCCAGAAAACGGCAAAACCAGCAGAAGAAGGUGUGAAGUCAAACCCAUCCAAGAGGCACCGGGACCGCCUGAACACGGAACUUGAUAGAUUAGCCAGCCUUUUGCCCUUCCCACAGGACAUCAUAUCCAAACUUGACAAGCUUUCUGUACUGAGACUCAGUGUUAGUUUUCUCAGGGCAAAGGGCUUUUUUGAAGUUGCACUACAAGCAUCUAAGAAAGACGGCAAUGGGAUUAAUGACAGUCGCAGAGCAAUAAAACCAGGAGAAGAUUUGCGUUUAUUGGAAGGAGAACUUUUGUUACAGGCUCUGAACGGGUUUGUGUUGGUUGUUGCAUCAGAUGGCCUCGUCUUCUUUUCUUCUUCCACCAUCCAAGAUUAUUUGGGAUUUCAGCAAUCUGAUGUUAUACACCAAAGCGUAUUUGAACUGAUUCACACAGAGGACCGGGUUGAAUUUCAGCGUCAGCUUCACUGGGCUUUGGAUCCAGUUCAGCCGUCUGAUUCCAACCAGAGAUCUCAUGAUGAUGACUUUUCAAUGGUAACAUCCUGUUACAAACCAGAGCAACUACCUCCAGAGAAUUCAUCUUUCAUGGAAAGGAAUUUUGUCUGCAGGUUAAGAUGUCUUCUGGAUAAUUCUUCUGGAUUUUUGGCUAUGAAUUUUCAAGGCCGUCUAAAGUUUCUUCAUGGACAGAAUAAGAAAGGGAAAGAUGGGUCUCUAAUCCCCCCUCAGCUUGCACUCUUUGCACUGGCAACACCACUGCAGUCUCCCUCCAUCCUGGAGAUCCGAACCAAAAACUUCAUUUUCAGAACAAAGCACAAACUAGACUUCACACCUAUCGGAUGUGAUACAAAAGGAAGUAUAGUGCUUGGAUAUACAGAAGCCGAGUUAUGUGUGAGAGGAACUGGCUAUCAGUUCAUUCAUGCGGCAGAUAUGCUUUAUUGUGCCGAGAAUCAUGUGAGAAUGAUCAAGACUGGAGAAAGUGGCAUGACUAUAUUCAGAUUGCUUACUAAAGAAAGUGGAUGGGCCUGGGUUCAAGCAAAUGCACGCCUUGUCUACAAAAAUGGACGGCCAGAUUAUAUAAUUGCAACACAAAGACCUCUUUCAGAGGAAGAAGGAGCAGAACACUUAAGAAAGCGAACCUCACAGCUGCCUUUCAUUUUUGCAACUGGCGAGGCAGUUUUAUAUGAGUCUUCCUUUCCUUUACAAGGAAUCAUAGAUCCCGCUCAAAAUAAAAAGGGUUCUUCAGUCAAAGGACAUGCGUCUGCCAAAGUUGAAUACAGUGAGGUUAAAUCUUCCUCUCUCCUGGCUGCCGUGCUUAGACAGGAUGAAUCUGUGUACAUUUGUCCACCAGCUCCAAACACUUUUUCCUUUGAAGCCUUAUAUACAGACACCAGAAAUGAACUAAGCAAUAACGUUACCAGUGGCUGGCAAGAUAAUUGUAUACCAGUAGCCAAUAAUCAUCUUAAAAGGGAGGAUCCCUCAUGUUCCCAGGUUAAGGAUGUAACCCACACUUCUGAACAGAUGGACAAGAAUAAUGAGAUUUAUAACAUUAUGAGCAGCCUUGGCAUUGAUUUUAAUGAUUUGGAGAUGAUCCAACAAGACGAUGCGUUUUUUAGGAAUGAAUUUGAGUAUCCGGAUUUAGGUGACAUUGACGUGGCAGAUGAAAUUCUGACUUAUGUUCAAGAAUCUCUAAAUAGAAAAUCAGACUGCAUGUUUGUGAACAAUCUUCAGCAAAUGCCUUGUGUACCAGACCCACCAACCAUGACACACGUGGAACCUUUGGAUGCACCACAAAUGCAUCAGCAGAAGCCAAAUCAAAUGAUGCCACAACAGCUGUGUCAAAAAAUGAAGCAUAUGCAAGUCAAUGGCUUGCUUACAAACUGGAACUCUGUAAACAGCUCCCCUCUGUCAUACCAAGUACAACAGCCAGAGCAAUAUAUUUCAAGUAUGGAAACUGUGGCACAAGACUUUUACAAACCUGAACUGAACAGUGCUCCUUUUACUUGCAAGCAGGAAUACAUGCCUUAUCAGGAGCCAAUGCCCAUAGUGCCACUGCCCACGAACCUUACACAGAUGGACUUUGACCUUGGAAAUGUUGAAAGGCCAGCAUAUCCUGCAUCUUCAAACAUGGAUGGCUUUCUGGAAUGUUUAACACAGACCCCUGAAAUCCAGGAUUGUGGGUUAAACGCACAGACUGUUUUGAUGACUCCUCAGCCUUGUUAUUCUGGUGCUGUGUCCCUUUAUCAGUGCCUAUCGGAACCUCAGCCAUCCUGUCUGAACCCAAUGCAGUAUAACGCUGUGAUACCAUCUCAGCAACAGUUAUUAAACAAAUUCCAAAAUGGUUUUAGUGCUGGAAGUGUGAAUGAAGCUUACACAGCACCCAUCGAUGUGGUUAACAGUACUCAGACUUCUACACACAUACCAUCCCACCUUCACCACCAUCCUGCAGAUUCCAAAUGUUACCCUGACUUACCAUCGAGCGGAUACAUGUAAAUAGAUGUGCGGAGGGCAGCAUUGGUGCAUGCUCUUAUGUGUUGUUUUUCUGUUGGCCUCAAUAAACAAAGACUCCAAGUUGAAAAAUGCUUUAAAGUAACAUUGCAACCUAAAAAGUUUAUUUAGACUAUUUGCACUUUGUAGGCCACAGAAGUCUACGGCUUACACGUUGGACAGGGCUGGCCGGUUUUUGGCUGCAUCUUAUGAAAUCAUGCUUUGGAGAAACAGAGCUCUUCUUAUCCCUUUCUGAGAAAAACAAAAGAUAUGUAAUAUUUUAAGUGAAAUUACAGUCAAAUGUAUUUUUACAGUUUUCUUGUGUAUCAUAUCAAGCAGCAACAUAAGAUAAGGCAAACAAUCCUUUUAUUUAACCCUUCACUGCUGUACAAUUUUAUAUUGAAACAUUAGAGCACUUAAGGCCUUAACUACAAUGGCGCAUUGUAAGUUUUAUUAUAUUUUGAUCAUUUUUUUUCCCCCCAUUACACAGUAUCUUGUUGAAUAUGUCACAAGCUUCCUUAUUGUCAGUCAUCAAUAUUACAGGCAAUAAUUAUAUAUAUCGGGAGGGAGAAGGGAGAGAUCUUCUUAAAUAGUGGAAUACUGAUAACAUUUAUUAUCCAUUAUAAUUAUUAUUACUUUUUUAUCUGAUUUCCCCAUUAAUAAUUAUUAGCUUGAAAUUACAAAGAAAAAAAAAAGUCUGCAUUAACUUAAUUUAACAAGAUUGAAUGUUAAAGUGGCAGUCCUAUUUCCUUUUCUUGUCGUUAAUUGUUUUGGGGUUUGUUUGUUUUUUAGUUUUUUUUUGGCAUUCUCAAACCUAGAUCAUGCAAAGAGCAUCAUUAGUCUGUGAUGAAUAUAAAAAGAUAUUAACUGGAAUGAUCAAUUAUAACUGUUCCCAACACCUAGUUAGCAUUAUCUCAUUUACCCUGACUUGGUAACACUCAUUUUAUAUUCUGUAACUUUACCAUAUUAUCCAGGUGUUACAUUUAAUCUGUAGGUAAUUCUAUCAGCAUAUUUUUUGGCUGUAACACAACUUCAGACAGGUUAGUUGGAACAGAGAGUUUGUCGAAACAACUUAUUUACUGUUUAGAAAGUGACCUUUGCAAAGGGCAAAUCAAUACAUAGAAAUUUCAUUAUGUAAACAUUUUUGAUAAUGUCAAACAUUUUGCUCCUAGCACCUAACUUUCGGGGGAUUUAAUACAGGUCUCAUUAAAUGAAGCCAUCUCUCUCUCAAAGAAAAAAAAAAGUAAAAUUUUAUACCUUACUGCUAAACUAUUCCGGUUUUCUACUACUCCUUUUUAAAAUACCCGUGUGUCAGGUAAAUUGAUACUUUAUUUGAAAAUCUAAUUUUACUGUAUUUUUCUUAUGAGUUAUUAUACAAAUCCUGAAGAUGACCAAAAGCAUAGAGAAACACAUUUUGUUUGUGUUGACAGCAGUGUGUGUGUAUAUAUUUAAUCUCAGGACUUAAAAAAUCCCAGGUGCCAGGUUGCCAUGAUGACUAGGAAUUUUGUCCUGGUGCGUCCCCCUCCCCUUGUGAGCAAGAAGAGCAAAGCAACUCCACACUGGAGCCUAGGGAAAGGAUCCAGUCCAGCUUUCCCAAAGGUAGGGAGGCUGGGUUGACAUAAAUGAAUACAAAUUAUAAUUUGUGUGUGUAUGUGACUGUCUGUGAGGGGGUGUCUGGCG